AUUUUCUUUAUCUCUCUAUUAAUUUGCAUGUCUAUUGUUUUUCAAUCUUUAAUUUUUCUUUCUAGGGUUUUUCUACUGUUUACUUUUAAGAAAAAUCAGUUUAUUUCUUGCAAGAAUCUUACAAUUGAAUGGAUUAUGGAUGUUGUUAAUUCGUAGUUAGCAUUCUUUAAUGGUGGAGUUACCUUUCUUUAAUUGAAGUUGAAAUAAGUUAGCUGGUGUUUUGCUUUGAUUUCCUUUCAAAAUUACAAUUAUACAUACUCCGUUCCCUUUUUAUAAAGUGAUUAUUUGCCUGGAAGGAAAUUUAGGCCCGGACAUGCCUAGAAUCUAGAUUAUGCCCCGAGUCAUUUGAAUUAUAACUAAAUUGUGUAACAUACCACGGCAGAAUGACUGUCAGGUAGGUUCUGCACACUACGUAGAGAUGAGUGUUCAUCCCACUCUAUACUAAUAUCUUUGGUUCACCACUUAUUCUUCCAUUAUCUCUACCCUUAUCGCUGUAAAUUACUCUGCUAUAUUACUUCUAGGAUUGUUAGGGGAAGAUGAUCCAGAUGAUGAAUGGCUUUAUUUAGCAGAGGGAAAAAAUGGAUAUUCAUUUAUGGGUUAAUAUAUUCAUACCCUGGCUAGGUAUAUUUUAGUACUCUUUCGUUUUCAUUUGAUGUUGCCAAGGAGUGUUCUUUGUAAGGAGAGAGAAACUUUCUAUAUUAUGAAAUGCACUUAAGAUAUUUAAUAUUGAACACAUGCUUUGCAAACUGUGCAAAAAACAAAUGAGAUCAUCAAAUGGGAAAAGAGUGAGUAUUAAACUGCAUAAUUUUGUCAGAAAUUUCUAACUUGCAACCAUUUGGGCAAUGCAUUUAAUGUUUAUCAAUAUUUAUUGUAGAAAUAUAUCAUAACCCUUCAUUUAAAAAAUAUUUGGUUUAUGUGUUAUUGUCACAUCUAGCAGUUUCUUAUGCAGAUUAUAAUAUUACAGAAUAGUUAGAAUGAGUUAUUUUUAUGAGUUUAGAGUUGACUAAGGAUGUACAUAGUGGAUGUGCAUUAUUUUCCUAUGGUUUUAGGAGGUAGUUUGAUGGACAUAGCGCUUAGUCAUUUGGUAUAUGUGGGAUAUGAGAAACCCCAGUCAGAAAUCCUUGCCAAAUUCAACCAUUGAAUAAAAAAUAGCAAUCAUGUUCAUAUUGCGUAAAUACUUGAAAUUUCAACAUCAGAUGCUUCCUAAUAGAAGUAAUUUGUUGAUUUGAAAAUUGAGAGUUUUGUUUUUGUUCUUUUAUCUUAGCUUAGAAGUAUUAUCUUGAAAUAUUCAAUUUAUAAACUGUGUUUUUAAUUGUACUUCUUUUAUAGUCUGUUUAUUUAAAAUCUAUUCUGUUUUUUUUUCUUUCCAAUGAAGAUUUGAACAUAAAUCAAUUGUGCUACUAUAGAAAGGAAAGCCUGAUUACUAGUAUUCCUAGUGCGAAUUUGAGGCAUUGGAUGGACAAAAUUAUUCAUUUCUUCUCUUACCUUGUCCUAAAAAACGUUUCUAUUUUUGUGAGAUGCUAGACUGUAUGCACAUGCAAUACAUUGAGAACACAUAAUGUUACCUAGAUUCAAUGAAUUAUCUGCCGGCAUGGAGUACCUUUGCUUAGUGAGCAAUUGUUUUGACUUUUGAUUAAUUUUAUGCCUAAAUAAGAGUCAACUGGUGUGGCUAUUCUUAGCUGUUUGCGUAUGAACAACCCAUUUUCAUUGAUCCAACAUGAGACGACUAAGUCAGGUCAAUCAGAAAUUUUUUCAAUUUGUUUUUGAUCAAACCUGUUUGCCGUUUGGACUUUUACUUGCAUCAUUUAUUAUGAUUUUCCGGUAAUGUUUGUUAAUAUUUGAUAUCGAGUUGGAAAAUUGGAAUAUCCUCUCACCUUGCAUGAAAUACCGAAACUACCAAAAUUCUUGGUGCUUUAUCGUUCAUGUCAGUGUAUAAUGAUUAAUGAUGUUAUCAGAUAUUAACAUAUAACUCCUCAUUUGUUUAAUCAUACUUUUAAACUUUUGGCCAAGAAAACAUUUUUUUGUUUUGGAUUAUAAUGAACUAUUCUAAAAUGAUUGAUUAGAUCAUGCACAUUUCGUAUUUAAGUGAAUUUUGAAUAUCAUGAUUGCAAUUAAGAGUCAACAAAAACAGUUUCUUUGCUACCACCUAGGUACAGUAACAAUUGUGGAGUAAGGUGAGAGUCACUUGAUGACAUUGGGUUAAUGCCAUGUUGUUGUAUACUUUAACUCUUUUACUAAUCAAAUUUAAUUGUUUACAUAAUAACUAGAACUGAAGUAUGAUCAAGUAAUCAUGCCUUUGGAGUUUUGAGGUUGAGGAUUGGUUGGACGCAAAAUUUUUUUCACCCUUGUCCCUUAGAAUGGUUAGAUGUGGCUUUGCAAAAUUGCACCUUAUUAGAGUGUAUGGAAAGGGUUAAAGGAAAAGUUGCAAUACAGGACUAGAAGUGCACAAGCUUUAUCAGUUUCCUGGUCGAAUGUAGUUUUAUCUAAAUAUCCCCCUAGAUAUUGGGACAAAAAUUGAGUUAGCAAUCUAAAAGUACAUAUAGUACUGUAUUUGCCAACUAUUUAGAAAGUUCCUCUACCAAUAAAUUAGAAGGUUUGUCAUGGUAAUAGCAAAUCUUAGUCAUGGUCUGUUUUCAAGGUCAUUAUCCGUUCUUUAUUUCAGAAUCAGGGAGAGUUAUCAUUUGUGUAUCAGUAAUCGUUAACUGACUAUUUCAUGCUGCCCUUGAUGCUGGGUAGCAUGUGGUUGGUCCUGAACUUAAAUUAGUUCCAGGUAUCUUUGGUGGAAGAGUUAUCCGUUUUUGCUUAUGUAGCUUGGGGACAAAAGUGGCAAAUUGCUGUGUCAUUCAGCCUGUUCUUAUCCAUUCAGCUUGAUUAGGACAAAGUGGUCCCUGGAGAUUAUUCUCCAUCACAUAACAUAAUUGAAUACUAUCAUAUUUGAUAUUUCUCAUCUUAUCUGCUUUGUGUCUUUGGAUUAGCUUUAUUUGGACUUUUAGUUCCCUUGAACAAAAUCCAGCUAGGUUAUGCCCUUUUGGGCCCUCUGAUGUUUCUUCCUGAUUUCACUGCGUAAAUGAUUGAAGUGUGUCAUACAUGCACUUAUGUGCUCUUGCAAGUGGUUGCAUUUUCUAUUUAUUUUCAUCUAACAUCUUCUUAUAAGAUCGAGUGUUAAUGUGCAAGAUAUUUUCUUUCAUUCUCUUAUUGUCAAAAGUCAUAUAUAGAGCUGAGUGAAAUAAUAUAAUUGUUAUCAACGCUCUCUCACGUAGGUAACUGGUAGCGCGAUUGUUAGCUGAAGGAAGCUACGGAAUCCAUGGCAGUCGAACAGCAGUUUACUCCAAAAUGUAAAUCUGAUAUAGCUGCUCCAAAAGAAGCCGACAAUAUGAAUGGCUCUUUUGAGUGCAAUAUCUGCCUAGACUUUGCAAAUGAGCCCGUAGUCACCCUUUGUGGGCACCUCUACUGCUGGCCGUGCAUCUAUAAGUGGUUUCUAGUGCAGAGUGCCUCUCUUCCCUCAGAUGAGUUUCCACAAUGCCCAGUUUGCAAGGCCGAAAUUUCUCACACAACUGUGGUCCCACUAUAUGGCAGAGGUCAAUCCCCGAACAACUCUGAGCAUGAGGCGAAAGACUCCACCCAGGGUGUGGGCACACCUCCGAGACCGCCAGCUUGUGGGACCCGUGCAUUAUUGAAUGCUGCAUCUCAGCCUAACCACCAGCUUCCAUACCGAAAUCCUUAUCAACCACCCUAUGUUCACUCUUACACCCCACCUGAAGAACGAAUCACUUCCUCCUCAUCCUUCAAUCAAACAAGUGCUGUUAUGUUUGGGGAGAUGGUCUAUGCUAGAGUGUUCGGAAACUCGCAGAGAUUGUAUAAUUAUCCUAAUUCCUAUACUACAGUCGGGGACAGUAGCACAAGGUUAAGAAGACAAGAGAUGCAGAACGACAAAUCGUUGAGCAGAGUUUCGUUUUUCCUUGUAUGUUGCGUUAUUCUUUGCCUUUUCUUUUUCUGAUUGUAUCUACACUUCUGGGGUACCAGAUCCUUAUUUGUACCUUCUUGUAUAGCUCGAAAAGGGUCAGUAGGAUUACAAAGUUGACGCAUCUACUAGAAAUAUCUUCGAUGUUCGUGAUUGUGAAUUCAGAAAAAUUUUCUGGUGAUCCAGUUUUCAGUCAUUUAGAUCUAUCUACAGUUAUGUGAUCACUUUCAGUCAAUUAGCCAAAUUUUACGAUUAAACUUGUACCCAAUUCGAAAACAACUACGUUAUUUUUAUAUUAUACACUAACAUUCUUAUUUUUUACACAAUUUAUUUAUAUCAGAUCUUCAACACUUGAAGAUAAAUAUAGCAUUUAUACAUUUUAUUUCUGAAAUGUGACUAUAAAUAUAGAUUAGUUGAGUCUAACACUCGUAUAUAUGCUUAAAUCAGAUAAGUUUUCGAGAACGCUUUAUGCUUCACAGGUGAUUUGUUGGGUUCAACUUCACAGACCACAAAACCACCAUACUUCUCAGCUGCCUCGAAACAGUCGAUAACACUCGAAAUUCUUUGAGGAUGAGCUUUAAACUGGUGAAGAUCAUCUGGCGCUUUUGAUCCGUUUCGACGCUUUACUUCCUCUACCAUCAUGAUAAACUCUUUUCUGACGCUUUUUGAAAGAUGAUUGUUGCUGCUAGAAAGCGUCAUUUUCUAUUGUUGGUUUCUUACCAAAUUUGUAUAUUUUGAGUUUGGGUUUGUGUAAUUGUGUUUAAUGUUUAUAUGUUC